UUUUGUGCGCGCUCGGCUUUUUCCUUUUCUCUUGACUGUUCCUCACGAGUGAUGAGUGGGAGUGUGGCGUCUCCUAGGUCUAGUCCUCGACUCCAACUUCCCCUUCAAGCACAGAUAUCGAUAUUAUCAGGGACCACCUUGGAGCACUGCUUUAACCUACAUUUUAAUUUACAUGAUUGAUAUCUUAUCCCUUAGGUUUAGCCCUUCAAAGAAAAUACAUGAUUGAUUUCUUCAACAUAGUAGUUCUUGAUGUUUAUACAUUCGAAUCGCUUUGUUCUGAAUUUGAAGCAUGAGUAUGUAGUACAACGACAACAAAAGGACUCGGGGGAUAAAUAUGAGCACAACCAGCAGGAUGUCGAAGGGGAGGACUAUGAUAACUACCCCACCUGGAGGUGGUCGAGCAAGUAUCGUAUGGACACGUGCGCUGCGUUUGGCUCUAUACUACGGCUUUGGUGAAACCGUGAUAGCAGUAUCAUCAGCAAUGUUGAUCCAAGCCCCUGAUGCAAAACCACGAGGGGCAGAGUACAAAAAACGUUAAGGCUACUUGUUUUCAAGUAGAAAUCAGGAUGAAUGUUCAUCUACUUUUGACAUCAAGUAGUUCUUCUAGCUUGAGGUCCCUUGUACUAUAUUUAUAAUGAGAAGAAAAAUAUACGACUAGAAGUUCUUCUUGCGCUAGAACUCAAGAACUUGCUCCUGAAAACGAGGAACCAGCUAGAGAUAUAGGUAGAGAGUCAGACUCGACAUAGUUUGAUAUCCCAGAUCUAGCUGAAGAUUUUGUUGAUGGGUUUAUUUGUCGAUAAAGAGAGCAAAAUAGGGGGAAGCUCUAACUCGAUCACGGCAAGGUGCCAGGUGGUAACAUCGAUAGAGACCAGAAUGAUCAGGCACCGCCGUCCUUUCUUGAACAGGUACUACAGGUAGGGCGUUUACUCACAAAUAAAGAAUUUCAAUUUUAUUUGUGGUAGGUGUUGGAUGACUAUGCAGAUUUUGAUUGGAGUAGGACUUCUUCAUCUUCCUCUUCAUCUCGGGUGUGGACCUUCGUUUUUCAUCUUCUAUGAGACUGCUUAGGCUUACGAGUGUUUUGGAUAGAACCAAAAGCUUUGGUUUUUCAUCAAAAAAAGAACUCAGAUUAAGUCCGUCACCGACUUGAUCGAGCAGCGUACUAUUGCAAUGACAGCACGCCAGGGGUUUCUUGCCGCGAGCGCGGACGGAGACCUGGAAAAGGCAAGUGGUAAUUAUAAAUAUAGAUACAUUUUUUAGAUGAUGUUGUUCUAGAAGAUGCAGUAGAGUGUAUUUUCUACUUGGAUGAAAUUCUUCAUCGAGUAUCUUAAUCUCUACUCAUUUUUUGGCACUUAUCGUUCGAUUAGUUGACUAGCAUAAGGGUAAUUCAGCCAGGAGGUAGAAAUCAAGUUAGAGGAACCGCCUGGCCAGGACGAAUCACAAAGUCGACCUCAUCCAGCAUGGUGAUUUCCUAUACAUAGAAUCUUCAGUUGAUAAUGUUGAUAGCUGAUACUACCACUCGACGUUCAGCAACUACAAGCUCAUCAUGGCCAUCUUGCUCUUGUCGCAAUUGGAAUCAUUUCUUGUGUAGUAGUUGUUUACGAGUUCAGCACCCCCCUCAAAAUAGUUGUCAUUCCGUUCAGGCCGGUCAUAGUACUACUCCAUGACCAGGUAAUUUUUUACCGGGAAAAAGGGAAUCCCUUUGUAGUCGUACUAGUGUACCAGGUUGCAAAUACUAUUUUUAUAGAGUAGUCCGUUUUUCGAGUUACGGGUUGCUCGAGUUCUCUCGAGUUGCCACGAGUUGCCGAAACUCACACGCCCAGUCCGGAACGAGUUGCUAACGGGUUCCUCUCGGCAGCUUGCCACUUUGAAAGCGCAGCACCCCGCGGCGGUAUGGCGGGCCAAGAUGCCGCGGAGUUCAGGGGGAAGCUCGUGGCCAGUUGUUUCGUGGCAGAUCUGCCGUUUGUAUUAAAGAGACACGCCCCGGCCGAGCUCUUCGGGGCUUGGGCUUAGCGAAAGCAUGAAGGCGAACCCGGGGCCUUUUUUGUUUGAGUGGCGCGCGCGCAAGCCUUGUGAAGUGCAGCGAUUUCCUCGCGGUGUCGGUGUCUCUGCAUGGUCGUGCGCUGAUGUCGGUCGCGGCCUGGCUCUGUUUUUUUUUGCUGGUGAGUGGCCAGCUUGUUCGGCUUCUUGGGGCCCCUGUUUGCGCUGUAGUGGGCUUACUGAGUAGCGCGCCGCCUAGUGGGUAGCGGUAGCAUCACAAGCAGGGCCCCCCUGAGUAGUGUAGACGCAUCGGGAUCGGAAUGGAGUAGGUUCAUUUGUGUGCUUGUUUUAUAGGACAGCAGCUAUACAUUACCAGGCAGGCGCGCUAUCUUAGUAACACAAAACUACGAGGGCAGGGCCCUGGGUGGCGUUGCUCUUGUCUGCCCCGCGCAUGCAGCGCCUCGCAGAGAAGAGAGGGCGCUACUGGAGGCGUUCGCUUGUGAGGGUGGUUUGCGCCCCUGGGCAACGUAUUUGACGCUUCGAAGAUAGUGCGCCCGAAGGGCGCAGCGAAAAUUUUUUUGGUAUGGAACUCGUUCAACUCGAGCAACUCGAGCAACUCGACCCGAUAUCGGGCGCAAAAAGUCUAAUUCUAUACCCUGUAGUUCAUCCUUUUGAUUGAUCUCAAUGUUUAUCCAGCCCAAUUGGAUGCCAAAUACUCCCACUGCUACAGAUGUAGACCCGGACAAGGCAAACGAGGAUAUAGUUCUGGGUUCAACGAGGAAAGCGUCAGCGUUCUUUUAAGGUUCACGUUGCCGAGACGAUAGAUAUAUCGACUUUCUGCGAUGAUAAUGAAGAUGAUCUCGCACUUUCUAGUGGUCUCGUUGUUACUGUUGUAAGUAUAGAAGUUCUGUAGGUGCAGUACUACCAAACAAUUAGCUAAGAGGUCUCGUUCUCUUCAUUUUAGUGUGUCACCCGUCACGGAGAGGACUCUACUUAAUAGCAUUCGUUCUUCUAAGAGCCAAGAGUUAGAGUUUGAUCUCGGGUUAGAGCAAGUCAUUCCCAGUAGAUGACGACCACGCCCUUUUUCCUUUCACCUUGGCAAGGUCGUGACCUUGCUAAUUGUAAUCAUGAGAAUGAAAACUCUAAGUAUCAGACAAGCAGACGCAAUACAAAACAAAGAAGAAAGAAAUGACACGCACGAAAAAGAGUUCGGGUGCGCAAGUUAAGGCUAGCGGCAGCCCAUCUUCUACAUCAUCGAUCUUUCAUCCAGUAGAGUCUUCCUCCUUGAAGACAUUUAGCUGAAAGAUGUUUCCAGAGUUAUAGAUGGGUUCUACGUACCGAUACCUCUAAUAACAGCACCGUCUGCGAGCAGAUGUUUGGUAUGAAGACGAAGGAGUCUAUCAUUUUUGUCUCCGUCCUGAUCGGUCUGGCGGUCAUCACGUUCACAGUCUGCAUCGUCCUGUUCUUCAUGUACUAUUCUCGCAUAAAGAUUAGAUCUUUCAUGUUUAUUUGCUACUUCGACAUGUUUUUAAUCUUUUGACAAGUUCUCAAAACCCGGAGCAUGGAUCGCAGAGGAGUGUCUGCUCUGCCUCCUAGUUGUAAGUACGUCUGAUCUUUGAUUCUGUUGUAAUUAUGUGUGUUUUCCUAAGUCUGACGUUCUUGUCGAUGUCUAUCUUUGUUGGUUGAUGCGUAGAGAAGAGCUCUUACUUGUUGUAAGUAGCAAGGUCGUAGAAAAAUGGUCAACGUCUUCAAUCAGGAUUAUCACCAUCACGGAAAUUGUCGUCAUCCGAUGGUUGUUAUCAACGUUGACGUUGAGGACGAACACGAUUAUUUUUGAAGAACUUUUAUCAAAUGAUAAUUGGACUUGUGAGAAACUGCUCCAUCUCCACCAGGUCGUCCAAUGAUCUAUCGAAAAUAUCUUUAUCUUUUUCUUCACCAAUGAUCUUCAGAUACCCACGUUGCUGUGGGGGAAACGAAGGCGACGACGACGGCAAUAGAGAGAGCUACGCUCCUGGGUUUGGAGCUACAGUGGACGAGAACGCAGAACGAGCAGUGUCUGAUGAGGAAGAACUACGGCACAUUCUGAUGCUUGUUGAUGAUGGAGGUCGAACACCUCGUCUAGUCUUCAUUUUCAUUAUUUUAUAGUUACAGAUCGAUGAUGAUCACGAUUCACGAUCAACGCAUGUUCGUGAUCAACAUGGUCAACAGAGACUAACUAGGACUAGCACUAAGCUGCUGACAGAGGACAAGGAGAAGAAUAGCUCUUUUUGAAAAACUGCAUAUUCUUCAUAUGCUCAACAUGCUGGACGGUCGGAGGUCGAUCAUGAUUCAUGAGCAACAUCAAGGUAAGUAAAGUAGAUAGGAGAUUUAGAUCGAAGUCGCAUAAGGUGAGCAGGCUCUUUCUCUGGAGGACGAAUCAUCUGUCCGUCCCCAUGUUCAUCUGCAUCAUCUUGUUUUUAGCUCUUCUAAUUUCUCCAGCGGUGAUGGACCAGGGUAUGCAGUCCUUUGCGCAAGGCGCCGGCGCCCAGUAUCAAAAAAUGAGAGAAGGGGAGGCCACAACGGUCACGGUCGUUACGGCUACUCAUCAACAACAGGUAAUUCUAAGUUUAUAGUGCUAGUCUUCCGUCACCACCUCAAAUAGUGAUUAUAAGAGAUAUAAUUUUAUUUGCUCGUCUUCUAUCCCUACUUUUUUUAGCUUCAUCAUAUGAUAAUGGGUAUCUCAUCAUCGUUGAGAAUAUAUUUCGAGAAGAGAAAACCUUUUACUGGAAGACGAAUGCGGACUAUACAAAAAUGCAUUACGGAUGGCUCUAAUCAUGUGGACGUCGGCAAUGAUGACAAGACUGCCCAAGAGCAGAGAAAGAGAGCUUUCCAAGUCCACCAGUAUUACAGCAACACCACCGCCGAUGGUGACUACAACGACGAUUAUGGCUGUCAAUUUGACGAGUUUACUGCAUCAAUGCAAAUCCUCUUUUUGAUGUCCUUUAUCUAGUUUCGGUAUGGAGGAGAAGAGGACGCACCUAGUACACGUACAGACUACACGUUGUACAAAGUACUAAGUGUUGAUAUUUAUAUAUAAUCGUCCUGCAAGAAAAAUUUCAAUUCGUGGCACCAAUAUGAUUACCAGUUCGUUCAUCUUCUGGUUUUGGUUAUCAUGAGUACAACAUGUACAAUAAUCAAGAUCGCGACCACCUAAUAAGGAACACCCGUUGACAUUUUGUUGGUUCUAAUGUUGCACCAGUAUGCUGUCGCCUUUAGAUUGCGAUUUACAAUAUCAGCUCAACACCUCGUGCAUUGAAGGAACGGACAGUGAGAUCGAAAAGCAAAUGAUACUGGAGUCUCUUGUUACGGCAAUUAACGUUCAUCUAAUUCGUACGGUUAGUCGUAGUCCUUCCAUCCAAGUCAUUAAUUCAUCGAUCCUUGUGGGCGGUAUAGGGAUGAAGGAUAUUGUCUUCUUACCAUGAUCAUGAUGUUUUAAGAGCAAGUACAUGCCGUAGUUUUUCCACCACGGGAGAACGAGAGGGUAAGCAGCCCUGUGGUCUUCGGCAAGAGUCACUACUUCCUGGCAGGAUCUUCAUGAUGCGUAUUUUAAGAGAAACGAGGGUAAAAAUAAUAAUAAAAGAGAAACUCGAUUAUAGUUUUCAGUUCCACAGCGAUCAUGAAUUACGGGUAGGUCUAAUCUUACAGCGCAGAAGGAAAAGAAGAGGGAAGCAAGACGCGCCGCUCGUUUGCUGAAGGAAGAUACCUCUACGCCUACUUCGGUCGCAACAAGAACCGACGGCGUCGCCGCGUCAUCCAAUGUUAAGGCUCUACAAUUUGACCCCUCAACGAACAAUGAAUUUUUGCAGAGUUCUUGAGCAACAUGAAGAUGAGUAGAUGCAGGUUUCUUUCGUCGUCUGGUACUGGUUGUAUUCAUCGUAAGGUUUUAGCAAGCAUCGUAAUCGUUACCUUUCUGUUUCUGAAUAUGUGGUUCUAUAUAUUUGCAUCUAUUCGUAAUGACUUUAAGGCUUUAUCCAUCUUUGAAGAUGUUCUUGAUGGUAGAUGACCUCGAUUCUUGAUGUGGAACACAAGGAAGUGUCGAUGUAGGUACAACUUCCAACGUUUACCCGCCAACUAGAAGACGCACAUCAUAGCGUCAAGAAUCCAGACGAGACCAAGUAUUUUUGAUGAAAGAAUAAUGACGAAACAAUUAGAUUAAGUGACUGUUCUUAUGAUAUCGGCUCCUCUAAUGAAGCUAGUGAUGUGGACUUGUCUACUACAACCGGCUCUCUGUCCGCUUCUUUAUCCGCUUCCUCGGCUAGCAGUCAUGCACAUGGAGCAUCCAGAAACAAGAAUGGUGUUGAUGCUGGUGCAAUCCCCAAAUGGAAAAAGAAAGAGAAACAGUCACCACCAACAUCUGCGACGGCGUCCAAGAAUAUGGAGUAUCACAUGCAGUUCAUCGAUCCACAUCAAAGCGACGAAAUAGAACUGCAGAUGGACAAAGACGAGUCGAAGAGUACAGACGAUAGCAGUGAGAUGAAUGCAACUCCUAGUCGUGCUCCAUCUACAACAUCGACUGCAAGAUCGUCAGAAGAAGAAUCUGCCACCUCCAAGAGCCGAAAACGCACAUCAUCAUUUAUGAAAUAACUCCUCGUGGAACAAGUCCCGCUCCCGUCCCAGUGGAUCUACUGAAUGUGACUUUUUUCCAACAAUAUAUAAUCUUUUUCCAUACAAUGAUAAUAUCGUCACACCAUUCCUCAAUAGAUUUAGGUUGAAUACUAGAAAAUGACGCGUCGUGAAACGCCUAAUGGUAGAUGCCGCUGAAGAUUCUAAUCUAUCAGCAGUUAUCUUUUAGCUUCACUCUUUUUACAUGCUUGCAUAAAAAAUAGAGAAGUAACACUGUGAUAGUGUCAGCGCCUUUUCUUCAGUCACUGACAACGUUGUGGAUUUCUUAAGUUUUACCUAUGAAGAUACAGGAGCAAUAAUUCUUGUUAAGUCUUGCUUAUGUUCAAAAUACAGGAGGAGAUGAAUUCGUUCCCACCCUAAAUAAUUUCGUUUUGAAUACUAGCCUGGAGCGCCCGACAACACCCCCCCGCGCUAGGAUUCCCCUCCUCCCAGAGUAACCCACGGAGCACGCGGCUCGCCUGGAAUUCAACUUCUUGGAUUUGAAUUACUCAAAUCCAAAAAUUUGCGACUUUCGCAAGUCUUUUCGAAAUUCAACAUCUUGGGCCUGAAUUUCUCAAAUCGAAAAGUUUACGACUUUAGCGGGUUUUUCUGAAAUUCAGGCGCGCUCUUGGAUUUGAUUCGUAGGCCUAAUUUCUUGGGUUUGAAUUCCUCAAAUCCCUAAGUUUUUGACUCUAACAGGUUUUGUCGAGAUUCGCCCUCUUCCUUGGAUUUGUUUCGCAAGCCCAUAAGUUUAGAAGUUCAGAAAUGCGCAAGUUCGUAGGUUCAUAAGUGUAAGCCCAAUUUCUUGGAUUUGAAUUCCUCAAAUCCCAAAAUUUUUGAUUUUGGCAAGUUUUGCCGAGAUUCAAUCUCUUUGAUUUGAUUCGCAAGCCCAUAAGUUCAGAAGUUCAGAAGUGCGCAAGUUUAUAAGUUUAUAAGUGUAGGCCCAGCUUCUUGUAUUUGAAGUCCUCAAAUCCCAAAGUUUUUGAUUUUAGCGAGUUUUGCUGAGAUUCAAUCCCUUGGAUUUGAUUUGCAAGCCCAUACGAAUUCAUAAAUUCGUAAACUCGUAAACUCAUUACUUUAAUAUAAAUUCAUAAACUCACAAAUUCGUCAAUUCCUAAUUUCGUAAAUUCAAUCAUAAAUUCAUAAGUUCAUAAGUUCCAGAAGUUUAGAAGUUCUUAAGUUUAUAAGUUCCUAAGUUUAGAAGUUUGGGCUUUGGAAGUGGGUGAGUGAGAGUUUGGCGGGGUGGUUGUUGUUCUUUUUUAAUUUAGCUCUUUAAUAUUCCACCCACUGGACCCCUCUUCAUAGAACCAGGAGGCAAUAAAGGCGAAACGCUCCGCUACGAUAAUCUUGUGAAGCAUGAAGCGAGGACGCUAACGGCGAGCACAGCGACCCUAGGAUCACUAUGCGGCACCACCUCACGGGACGCCUAUGUUGUAGAUUUGCAACAUGUUCAGUAA